AUGGAAGGAUACAUUUGGAUGGUGUCGGCCGCCGGCGUACCCCACCGAUGUCCAGCUAUCGAAGAUCCUAGUUGGUUCUUUUAUUAUCUUGUCAAAUUUGGUUCAGGCUUCUUGGAGUUAAAAUAUCCGCCUGAAGCUGCUUAGUUCCACUUUCUUUGAAAUCUCUCGUAAUUUUUAAUUUUUUUUUCGAUUUUUUUUAGAAAUCAAUAAACAGGAAAAUUGUGAGUAUGAAAACUUUCAUAAAGUUUUUUUGAGUUAAGCCAAUUCGCACUAUUAUAGUCUGUUCAGAUUUUGAAUGUCAACCAGCUAACUCCGCCCCGACUGAGACGGUACCUUUUCGCGUCGAUGUUUUAUCGCGCGGGACUAAUUUUGAUCUUUUUUGAUCUAAAAGAUAGAAAAAGAAGUCAAAAAUGCAGCUUUAUUAAAGGGCCAUCGUCAUCUGUGGAUAAAAUAUUGGCGCGAAAGAUAUUGUAGCCUUGAGGGUGGAGUUAGCUGCUUGACAUUCAAAAUCUGAACAGACUAUAGGUGACCUAAAAAUUGUUUUAUUGAUUUUCUUAGAUUCUUAAACGUGGAUGAUAAAUUAAUUUGCGCCUCAAAAAAAAGACAGCAACGAAAUUAGAACUAACUUUGAUAUAUAGCCCGUUCACGGCUGGCUUGGGACAGCAAACGGACAGUUUAAUUUCCGCGGCAAAGGUAGAUCAUGGCGACUAUCCAUGCGCCUUCCAUAAAAUCCCCAUUUUAUGACUCAUUUGUUUUUAUCUCAUAAUUCAUUGCUUUUAAGGAAGUCAAAAAACCAAUGAGAUGAAUGUAAAAGAAAAAUAAAUUUAAUAGAAACAGAAAUAAUUCAUCAAAUGAGGCUCUCAUUAAAGAGAGCAUGCAUGGCCGCCAUGAUCUACCAGAUCAACCGUCACCAAGUGAGUUAAACCGCCCGUUCUCAAGAAGAGAGACCGCAAAAAAAAACCGCCAAAAGAUUUGCGUUUUGCCCUCUUCAUCAACUCUCGCGAUUUUAAGCAAUUUCAGAAUUUAAAGGGUCAAGAUGUGGUUGAAAAAAGGGUCAAAAACGGUUAUGAACAAAAAAAAAUUACAUCAUAAUGAACUUCUCUGCAGCCUUUGAGAACAGCUAAAGUUCUUUCGAAUUCGCCAGUCAAUUUUCAAGAAAAAGUUAUAGCUGAUUCACGGCUGGCUUGAGCCAUCGAGAAAAGGGUCCUGCCACGAAAAGAGACGAGACAGUGCCCUGGUUGGUGGAGAGUGCAGACAGGCCACGCCUUUUUGCGUCUCAAGCUAGCCGUGAAUCAUCUAUAAUACUAUUGAAAUCUGCUUAAAUAAGCUUCCAAUUGAUUAUCAAUCACUUUUGACGGCUCCAGAAUGCGCAUCGGAAGUGGAAUGGCAAGCGUUGCCGUGCUCCUCCAGCUCGAUACGGACUCUGGUGGCGACUUCAAGCGCCGCCUACGCGAUCGACCAGCACGGCAAGGUGCUGGUGUUGGUGCUGCCGUCGCACGUCGCCAUCCGCCAGAAGGUGCAGCUCUUCGCGAACCAGCGAUGGUAUCCGCUUCUGCGUUGGAUGCGGCCGCUGCCCACCGACCGCGGCCGAUUCUCCGACGAGGCCGGCGAAACGGCCACCAAUCCGAGCAACUUCGAGGUGUCGCCCGGCUGGAGUUGGGAGGAACCGUGGGCCGUCCAUCGCGACUCUAGAAGAUUUGAUAAGGAGGUCUCAUUUAAGCUCACCAGUUUCCUGAAAACUGACCUCUCCGAUCUGAAGGAAGAUUUGUCUGACCUCCUCUAGGCCUGUUUACGGCUAGCUUGGAGGCGUGGCACCAACCAGAAAUAAAAUUUUUCUUUUUUUUUUUUCAAGACCCAAGCCAGCCGUGAGUCUGCUAUUGUACAUAUUUUGAAACAUAAGGAAACAGAAAAAAAAAACACCGAAGACUGUGAGAUUUGAGGGCUGGGAGUACGCUUUUGGAUUUGACGGACCGAAAUGGGCCAAUUCUUGCGGCCGGAGUCAUUUUGUUCGUCGCAAACUCCUCAAGAGACACAUGCGCUACACGUUUACUGAUCAAUGGGUUGAGGUGGAAAAAGAUCUUCAAAAAACUUUUUUUUUUCAAACCUUUUUAUUCGACCAAAAAAAAAUCCUUAUAAUUUGUUUUGAGAUGAGCGAUCCAACAAGUUCGCGGCUUUUCGUUGAACUCUCCGUUUGUGGGUUGCCUGGCGGAGAAAAUCUCCUUUUCGCUUUGGCUGAUGAUGGGAUCAUUUAUAGGUUUUCGAAAUAUCAGUACAGAAAAUUGACUAGAAAUACUCUUCAGAAGAACCGGUUUGAAGGCUAGCCGACCUGAAGGCGAUAUUUGGUGUGCUUUACCCAAAAUUCAGAUCAAAGGUAAAAUGUGGAAUAAACCUGAAAGAAAGGAGGAUUUUCUGAGGUUUCGAAGUGGAUGACGUCACCUUGAUAGCAUGUUCUCCGGUCGUCCCGACGUUGAUUGCGACGUCCUGGGACGGUAAACUGUAUUACCGGACCGGAAUAUCAAAAUGUAAGGAGUCCUUUAAGGAGUUUCUGAAAAGAACAUUGGAAAUUCUCAUAUACUAAGGAAUUCAAGAGUGGUCCCCAUAGAGGAUGAAGAUGUGGUCUUUAAAAGAACGGAUUUCAGACCCUUAUCAGGAGCCACCAAAUGAAAUAACUAUAUGGACCACUUAUGCAAGCUUUCUAAAAAAGUCCUUCGAUAGGGCCUUUAAUUUUAUAAGGACUUCUCUCGAGUAUAACUCAACACGAGAAAAUUCAACAUUGGAUUCAAAGUUCUCUAAAAACGUCCAAAAUAUUUAGAUGUACAAUAACUACACCCUGGUAGGUUCAACCUGCAAAAAGGUUUUUUCAAAUGUAAAAAUGGCGAGAAGCUUCAUCCACUGGCACAAAGUUUAGAAAAAAUUCUUUGAGACGACUUUAAUCAAUCAAAAUGUUUUUUAUUUCUCACACACAAGUACUAAAUUUCACGAAAUAGAUGUAGGGAGAAUUUGGGAACAUAUGUGUCGGAACUUGUGGUGAUGGAGGGAAGAGGACUCGCAGUCGUGUUAACCCCCCCACUUGAGUAAAUUGGAAUAACCUUGAAGUUAUUCUUUUUAAAUGUCGAUUAUGUAGCUUUCAUAUUUUUGUUGGAUCAAGAGUGUUUAGCUCUGUAAUGUUGUUUUCAAUCAAUGUUGUAAUGUUGUUUUCGAUCGAAAAAAAAAAAAAAUAAAAAGGAAAAUUACAAUUUUCGAAACCUCCUAAGACCUAAGUUCAUAAUUUUCAAUAGAGCCCUGUUUCAUUUCAUAUAAGUUGAAUUCAGCCCUACCCUCCGGCUUGACAUGGCUUCCGAUGGCGACGCCAAAAGACUUGCCGGUCACGUCCAUCGCCAUCGGAACUUCCGCCCUGUGGUGUGUAACGGCGGACGGGAAGGUUCGGCUACGGCUCACGUUUCUGUAUCUUUUCCGGUCCUCCAGGUGUGGAUGUCACGGCUAGAGACCAACAACCUGAAGACGGAGCAGCACCUCGGCAAAAUCCGACUCGACAGCUUUCAGGAGCUUUCUCGCGGCGUCUGCCGCCUUUCCUUGAUGGCCAGCGAUCAGGUCUUAUAGAAAUUCAUAGACUGAAAAAAGAACUGCAGAAAAAACGGCCGGUUUUCAGCUUCUUUGCGUCUCUAACGAAGACGAGAAGAUUCUGAUUCGCAGUGGAAUCAGUGACAAUGAACCUUCGGGCAAGUCAUUUGAGCGACUCGUGGCGAGGACCGACCAAAGUGAUGAGAAGUGGAUGUCGGUUCGUUCAUAGAACUUGUCCGCCCCAACGGACUACCCAUUUGAUUGGUUCGCCAAAACUGAAGGAGAAAAUAAUGGACAACUCGUUGAAGCCUAUUUUGAGAAAUCAUGCCAAAUAAGUCUUGUUUUUUUUUAGGUUUACGCCGGGGCGUGCAAACUUCAAACGGUACCUGAUUAUUGGACCAAUGCUCAAACUCUACAACUGAAAAAAGAAAUGAUCGAGUUCAAAAAAGCCGAGUGGCGAAUCCAGGUUUCUUUAUUAGGAGCUUAGAACUUUAUUUGGAUAUUAUUCUUUUAAGAAAAAAAAGAAAAGCUAUGAAAAGAAUGAAUCCGAAAAAAGUUUCCGAGAAUUUUUGACGAAAAAUUGGAAAAUAGUUUUUCCUCAACAAAUGAAGUUUUUUUCCAAAUAUAAAAAAAUAUUCAAAGAUUCAAAAAAAGCCUGAACUUCCCAAGAACCAGCUUUCCCAGAUCCUUGAUCUUCUCAAAACGGCCAAUGAACGUUCUUGGCGAGCCAUGAAAGACGUCAAGGCCCAAGUUGGCGUCGAAGACGAAACCAACAGCGAGGAAAUCGACGUCAAACGAUUCAGAUGCCAACUCCGGACGGCAACCGACGCCUUCAAGUUGAUUUCUCUUCGACGACUUCGAUAGAUAUUCUGUUUAGAAGCGCGUCGGUAGUGGUGACGAAGGAUAGCGUAGAAAUCAACGUUGAGGAAAAGUUGACUGCACGGAUCGUUCAUGCCGAUGUGAGUUGGAAGAGGGGGCCGAAUUGAAGUUCUAAAUAGGAAACAAUACAUUUUUAGAUUUUAUCCGCACUUCCAUCUUUUUCAAGUUCUACCACUAAAAUAUUUGUUAUUGUUGGGGCGGGUGACAUACGCCGAUUCCGACAUUGUCUUAGCUUUCGCCGACGAAGCGACGAGAGACAAUUGUCAUGUGGCGCUCGAAGAUGUCAGUUCUCUUCCGGAAGGCGAUCAUCCUUUAGAACUUCAGAUAAUUCGUGCUCAACUGGCUUCCUCGUUGAGGGAUCGUCAAGGCCAGUGUCUUUGGAGCACGACGGCCAACGGCGUCAUUCAGUACCAUUGUCUGGCCGAACUGACGUCGGUUCAAGAUGGAAUUGAGGUUCUGAAGCUGAAGUUAAAAGGGACAAACUUUCUUCAGAACCAUGUUCCCAUUGAGAAGACCAAACGGUUGACUGUGAAGGGCCACUUUGAAAAAGUUGAAGUCGGCGCGCAGCGGUGUGUUUGGGCCGUUUGUAAGGUUGGCUUUAUUGAAUGAUUGAUAAUAGUUAUAUUAAAUCAUUGAGGUUCAAAAUUAUGAAAGGAAAUAACUGAAGGGGCGAAAAAAAAGAAAAAAAAAACGAUGGGGAUAGUUUAAAAUAAUAAUAGUAGAAAUAAUUGAUCAUAUGAAGUCUUAGCGAGCUUCGAGGCGAUAAAUAAAUAAAAUGUUAGAAGUACGGAUGGCAGUAAAACGACAACAGCUUCAUUAGAUAGAAUAGUUCACAACCUUUUGGCGCAUUCAAAAUCAAAACGACUAGUUAAAUCGCAUAAAGUCUUCACAAUGAAAACAGGUGAAAGAAAUAGCGCUCCAAAAAAUAUUUCAGACAGGAUCCGUUUACGCACUUUCCAGCGAUUUCGAUCCCCUUGACAAAGAAGAUGGUCAGUCUUUUGGCGGAAAGAUAGUCGAUGAAGUUAUUUUAGAGGUAGGUUAGAAAAGAGACUUACGAUAAUCGUCCGUUUCAGAUAUACGAAUACCAAAAAUGGGCACUUUUUCGAGGCUUUGUCACUUUUCAAAGCAAAACUAAAGGAAUCGGCCCUUGGAUGGAUGCCACAACUGGCUUUCCUGUUCCACGACUGUACUCGAGGUCUGUGAAAAAAAACUAUAUAGACGAUCCACGGCUGGCUUGAGGCAUUGGAAAAAGGGUUCUGACACGAUGUAAAAGAGGCAGUGCCUGACUGAUGGAGAGCGCAGACAGGCCACGCCUUUUUGCGCCCCAAGCUAGCCGCCCGGCCUUUUUUCUCUACAAUUUUUGUCGCGCAUUUUCUGUAACACAUCUGUCAGGAACUAAAAAAAAACAGACUUUUCGGUGGCUUUUCGUUUUCUAAACUCUUAAAUUUGAAUAAUGGUUUUCUCAUUUAUUUCCGAAUUUCGCAUUCUUACUGUAGCCUUCGAUCUCGUGACUGGAGCUGGGUUGAUGCUCACUGGAACUGCGAAGUUGAAGCGAAUCCGGCGGACGAAGGCUGGCUGUAUUCUAACGAUAUCGCAUUAUUUUUUGACAGCGAUCAGGUAGGAUUUUCUUCAAUCUUCAUGAAAGAAUAUAAAUUUUCUCAGGGAAAAGUAAGGCGAAGAAAGUGGACCCGACGCGCGAGAUUCGAAUGCCGCGGACCCUGGGUUCGUGUCGACGCGCCGCCAACUGGAGAUGUUCAAGUUGGAAAGGCUGGCAACUUCAAGGUAGCGGAAAGAUGUGUUUUUUUCCAUUCUGAAAUAGAAAUAAAAUUGUUUUUGAAAUGUAUUAGAAAUUUAAUUAUUUUUUUAACCUCACCGAAUUCGCUCGUAAAAAAAUCUAGUUAACCUUUCGCACACCUUGAAUAGUAAAUAAGAGUCUUUAAAAUUUAAUUUUUGAAAACUCGAACUGUAAUUGGCAAUUAGAAACUUUUUUGGUGGAUUUCGAAAAUAUUGAGUGUUUUUCUUUCUAAUUUUUUUCAAAGUAAGUCUUAAAAGGCUAAAAGCCAAUUUUUAUUGUUCUCUCACCUUCGGAAAAUAAGCCGUACUUACUAGCACCUUUUUUUGUAAAGAACUUUUUUAAGAGCAAAAAAGGAGGAAAAAAAAAAGAUAAACAAAAUUAGAAAUUCAGGCCCUCCUUUAUUUGGUCUGUUUGAGACCCUUUUUGUAGCCUUUUAGAACCCUUUUUUUUACAAUCGCCGGUUUUGGUUUUUUUUUUUUGUAGUUGCCACUGUUUAUAGUUUCUUUCUGAUUUCUUUCAUUUGAUUCUCUGCGGGAAUCAACGUGAUUUUCUUAAGAGUCUAUUCAACACUCAGCAUUUAAUUCCAAACAUCAAAAACCGUGCAUUUUGUUUACGUGUGGCUUUGACGCGGGAUGGCCAUGUUUUGCUGCGGAACGGCGUUUGCAGGCGAUCCCCUCAAGGAACUUCCUGGUCUCAGGUACUUUCUCUUGGAAUUCGCAAAGAACGAUGACUUCAGAUCAGGACAGAGGAUCCGAUGCGAUGCGUUGCCAUAGGAGAGGCAGAUUUCCUUUGGGCCAUAGGAAAAGAUUGUCGGCUCAUGUUGCUGAAUUUGAAGAAUACGGAUGACUUUUCGAGAAGCGGUUCGUUUUUUCCUUUUUGCCUUGUUGAGUUUCCAAGAAUAUCCUAUGACAAAGUCCAAAAAUAUUUUUCAAGUAAUUUUCUGUUUUUACUAUACCUUGCGUUAUCAAUUUUACAAGAAAAAAAAUGUACUUUUUUAAGAUAGCUGCUUUUCGAAAUGUAGGCGAAAAAAGGUUCUAGGAAAAUAAAAAUUUAAAAUGGAAAAAUUGUCAACUCAACUUGAGUGAAUCACAGCCCGAAUUUUUGGUAGUUUCAAAUUUAAAGUUUCUUUUUAGAAUGGGAAGAAUGCUCGGUGCAGCCGCAAGGUCUCGUUCAGCUCCUUCAGACGAGUCGUUUGGCAAAAAUCGGGCUCGCCUGCCCGGGCGACAAAGUCUACCUUCAAGUUUGCGACAAACUGUUGCGGAUCGACACGGAGAAAGGUUUGGAAAAAAUUUAAUGCCAAUUUUUAUGCAACAAGGGAAACAUUGAGUUCAGGAACUGUAUCGGAGCCGUACCUGCUGGACAAUUUGCGACAGGUGGCGGCAGAUUCUCGAAACAGAGUUUGGCUGCUCGGCGAGCUGCUGACUCGCGUCGGCGACUGGUUCGUGGCUCCGUAUCCAGACGGCCUGCGGACCAUCAUCAAGAUCAGGAAGGCCGAGCGGAUCCCCAACCGAUCGAUGAUCAGAAUCUCUGCCUUCUGA